CUGUUAGGAAGGUAAUGACUGUUAUGUUUGACACGUGAAAUUUAAAGACUAGCUCUAAUUCAAAUCAAAAAUUUAGAAUUAUUGUUUACCAUUUUAUCUUUUUUACAAAACAUCAAUAUUAUAAUUAAUAUACUUUAUAAUAAUAUGAAAAAUGUCGACUUCAAUUCAAUCUGUUGUCGAUAAAACUAAUCAAAAGGAACAGAUAUUAGCAGAUCUGUUAUCUAGGGUUAAAUUGUUGAAUGAAAAAAGUUAUUCCACUUUUAUGUCAACCUAUGAGUCAAAAUCUCAAGUUGUCAAUGAUUUAAUUGUAAAAAAUAAGAAGUUAAAAUAUAGGAUGGGUAUUCUGAAGAAUGCCAUUGAAGAACAGAAACAGCAAAGCAAAAAGAGGAAACUAAAUCAAAAUGGUUCUUGGAAUUUUGGAGGUUUGCAAGCUAUAUUGACUGAUAUUUGCACAAUGGGUCUACAAAAGGCUUUUCCUGAUAUUACUGACUUAUAUCAGACUGUGCAAGUCGCUGGGAACCCCAAAUUUGGUGAUUAUCAGUACAAUGCUGCUCAUCAGGUUGUUAAAAUUCUGAAAGAUAGAGGUGUAAAGAUGUCACCUGUCCAAGCUGCUAAGGAAAUAGCUAAUGCCAUAGAAAAAACUUCACUGCUCGAAAAAAUUGAGGUUGUUCCUGCUGGAUUUAUUAAUUUAUGGCUCAAAAAAGAGUAUUGCCAAAAUGUUGUAACUCGGCAAAUUGUAGAAGGCAUCCUUCCUCCUCCAUUAGAUAAACGGUCAACAAUUAUAGGAGAAAGUAUUGCUAGACUUUUUGAAUUUCUCGGCCAUGAUGUUUUGCGAAUAAAUCAUGUCGGAGAUUGGGGAACCCAAUUUGGAAUGCUGAUAGCUCAUUUAGAGGACAAAUUUCCGGAUUACCUCACAGUUUCGCCUCCAAUCGCUGAUCUUCAAGCCUUUUAUAAAGAAUCAAAAAUAAGAUUCGAUUCUGACCCAGACUUUAAAGCGCGAGCAUAUAACUGUGCGACACACUUCAAGAUCCUUUUCAGUUGUGCCCAACGAGCAGGAAUAUGGGAUCCUAAGAAAGUUAGGCUUGAUUUUGUAGCCUUUGGUGUCGUCCUCGGGGAAGACAAGAAGAAAUUUAAAACUCGUUCUGGAGAAACAGUACGUCUUAGUGAUCUCCUUGAAGAAGGUGUACAGCGGGCUGAAGCUGCUCUGAAAGAGAGGAAUAGAGACGCAGUUCUCACAGAAGAAGAAUUCAAUAAAGCGAAAACAGCUAUGUUGGAAGAUAAGGGCAAUACUGCAGUUUAUUUAUUGUAUGCAUUAACUAGAAUCAGGUCGAUAGCUCGUAAUGCAAAUAUUACAUCUGCUGAAAUACAAGAAGCUGCUAAGACACAAUUAGUUGCUGUUGAACAUGAGAAAGAAUGGAAGCUAGUAAAGAGUUUUGGACUACCUUCCGUGAAAGGUCCUUUUGAUGGCCAACAGGAACUUGGACUUGUUUCAGGUCCAUUUGAAGUUCAUGACACCUUUGGUUUUGGAAUCAAAAAGGUUAAGGAGAAUGUAACUGCAGUUCAUCCAUUGGAGUUAUCUGAAAGAAAUUACUCGCUAAGGGAGGAAAAGCUCAAUUUGGGAAUGCUCCGGAACAAUCAAGGCUUACAUGCUCCAUUGAAAGUUAUGGCUGAACUUCGGGCAACCAGACAAGUUGGAAGGCUCCCGUUCUUACCGAGUUCAGAUUUAUCUACUGCUACCAUUAAAAACAGUGAUGAUUUCAUCGACUUCACAGAUUUCCUUAACCAUUCAGAAUUUGAAGAAAAACGUUUGAUGCCUCAUGUUGUAAUGGAAAGAAGCCUUGGUAUUUUGUAGUAGUAAUAACUCUUUGGAAUUUUUUUUUAAAAUACAUAUACUUGGUCAAUGAUUUUUUUUUUUUAUCUUUUAAAACGUUAUAAAUUAUCAUGAUAAUGUAUCUUAAUAAAAACAUUGAUAAUAAUUCUGUUCAAUUUUAUUU